AUGACUUCCAGACUCGAUCGUCUUUUAACAUUAUUGAGUACUGGAGAUUCAUUAGCAGUAAAACGUUCGGCGGCUACACAAAUUGGUCAAGUAGCUAGUACAUAUCCAAAAGAAGUCGAACCUAUUGUUAAUAAACUUAAAAAAUAUGCUAUACAUUCGUCAUGGGAUGUUCGUGUUGCAUGUGGUUUAACUAUUGAACUGAUCAGUAAAAAUAUAUCUAAUGAAUUUUUCGUUUUAUUCAAUGAAAAUUCACACUAUGGUUUAAAACUAAAUUCAUUUAAUUUUGAUAAUGUUAUUGCAAAUAGUUCAAUAUUUUAUCUUGGUGCACGUAAAAUUGAAGAAAUAGGCGAUUAUGAUGGAAAUGUAUCUGUACAAAAAAAAUUCGUUCGUAAAGAAUUCAAUUUUGGUUUACAAGAACGUUUAACUGGUACAGAUAUGCCAGUAGAAGAAAAUGAUUUUAAAUUUGACUCAUUUAAUAGCAACAAUUCAAAUGUUAAAUGUGUGUCAUCUGGUGAUUUACAACGAUUUUUAUUUGGUGAACAGUAUUCAAUUGUUGAACAAAAUCAUUCACUAGAACCAACAUCUUCAAAACGAUUAAAACUAUCGAGUUCUAAUGAUGAAAAUGAAGAGAAUCGAUUAUCUUGGCCUUUAAGUGAUUUUUAUGAUUGGCUACUUGAACAAAUCUUUCAACCAUCAUGGGAAUAUCGACAUGGAUCCGUUACUGUUCUACGUGAUCUUCUCAAAGGACAACAAUCGUUAUCAAUUUCGGUUUGUAAAAAUUAUUUAUUUAUUUUUUCAUGUUAUAAAUUAAUAUUUAUUAAAAUAUAG